AUGGUCAAGAAGCGAUACAACUCUCGGAUCAAGGGGCCCUUUUUGGCGCAAAAAGUUGAGGAAGACCUGAUGGGCCUCGAGCUCAAGGGAGACUUCCAAAUCAGGAAGUGGAGCCCAUCUUAUCCACGGGACGGAGGCGUCAGUCUCGGCCGUUCUCCAAGCUUCCUCCCUGCGACCAAAUCCGAGCGAUUCCAGAGCAUUCCUGAGCUGUGGAAGACUCAUGGCGAUGCUGAGUUUCAAAUCACGGAGAUUCUGGACGGCAUGCCGAUGAUAUUCUACGAAGUCACAGACUCGAAGGAUCUUUACUCGCAAUUGCCCGGUGUCAUCAUAGAGGAUGAGGCAGAGAACGGCGUUUUCCCCCGCGAAUCACACGGCGUUAGCAUCGGAGAGCAUGACUACGAGGAGACCGAGGCCUCUAUCAGUUGGAAGGCUGUAAAGGAGCAGCGUAUCAUAUGUGAUAUCCGUCACGCAAUCAACAUUGGUCUGGCUGGAGUGCUCUGUGGCACAAGUAUCGCAGGCAAUCCUCUGAUGGUCGACGGCCACCGUUUCUACGUCUAUGCCAUGUGCGACGACUUUAAAGCAUGGAAGACGACUGAUGACCAUGAUGAUGAGUGGCGCGGUCAACUUGCGACUCUAGACCGUGUCCCGAAGUUUGCAACUCGAGUGAGGCUGUCAGCCUUUGCGAAGGACCUCGACGAGCUGAUGACGAAGGCACAAGGAGCGAGUUGUGUGUCAGAGGACACAAGGUAUGAGUACCCGUCUCUGAAGCGGAAGGGACUUGCGUUCAGGGCACUGGACGGGUCGUUCAGCUUCAAGGUCAUAGCCAACGACUGGCUGCUGGAUGAGACGGAGAAGCUUCGAAAAGCUGGCCAAGACGAGAUGGUCAGCCGGCCAGGUCCCGAUGAUUGCAUCUGA